UCUGUGAGGAGUCAGUCCCCUGUUCCCUCAUCCGUCGAGGUGGCAAACUUUCGUAUUGAAUUUAUUUUGACGUUCCGGUCUGAUUUGCCGUUUGAAUUAGAAUCGGAACCAACACAGAUGAGAUCUUAGCUGACGUAGGUCGUGUUCUUAUUGACGUUUCUUUUUUGUCCUCUUGCGGCGUGGGUUUCACGUGGAGCAGCAGCAUUGCGGAACUGUAAGUCGCAGCCUUGACUCGUGUUUGCUACAUUCAUCCUGCCCAGCGCGUCUACAAGCAUGGCCAGCUUGAUCUUGGAGGAUGGGACGACGUUUAGAGGUCGGCUUUUUGGCGCAGAUGUGUCAGUAUCGGGAGAAGUUGUGUUUCAGACAGGCAUGGUGGGCUAUCCUGAAGCUCUUACUGAUCCAUCCUACCAUUGUCAGAUUCUGAUCCUCACGUACCCCCUGGUUGGCAACUAUGGUGUUCCCAAGAAUGAAGAGGGGGAGUUUGGACUAAGCAAGUGGUUUGAGUCAUCAAAAAUCCACGCUGCAGCGCUGAUCAUCGGAGAGCUGUCUGUGAACCCCAGUCACUGGAGCUCAGCCAUGUCACUGGACCAUUGGCUUAAAGAACAGGGCAUCCCUGGACUCCAAGGCAUUGACACUCGUUGCCUGACCAAGAAGAUCCGUGAGAAAGGCACCAUGCUGGGAAAGCUGGUAGUGGAUGGAACCCCUGAAGCCAGUGUUCCUUUUGUCAAUCCCGACAAAAGAAACCUGGUGCAAGAGGUCUCAAUGAAGGGGCCCAGAGUAUAUAACUCCAGUGGUGGUCUGCGUAUCACGGCUGUGGACUGCGGCAUCAAAUACAACCAGAUUCGCUACUUAGCUCAAAAAGGGGCCUGUGUUUCUGUAGUACCCUGGGACCACCCUCUGGACAGUGAAGAGUUUGAUGGUUUGUUUGUCAGUAAUGGCCCGGGAGAUCCCAAGUUCUGUCAAGCCACCAUAGACAAUUUGAGAAAGGUGGUAUGUGUUGAGCAGCCUAAACCUGUGUUUGGGAUUUGCCUCGGACACCAGCUCCUCUCCUUAGUCAUCGGGGCCAAGACCUACAAGAUGAAGUAUGGCAACCGUGGCCACAAUCAGCCUUGCAUACACAAAGGAACAGAGCGCUGCUUCAUCACCAGUCAGAACCAUGGUUUUGCUGUGGAUCCCCAGAGCUUGCCUCAGGACUGGGGUGUCCUCUUCACUAAUGCUAACGACGAAACCAACGAGGGUAUUGUACACAACACAAAGCCCCUGUUCAGUGUUCAGUUCCACCCAGAACACAAGGCCGGACCCACAGAUCUGGUCAACCUGUUUGAUGUCUUCCUGGACUGCGUCAAAGACCACAAAGAGGGCAAAAGAGGCAAAUCUGUCAAACAGCGUCUGACCCACCUCUUCACCUUGCCUGGUUCUCCGAAGCCUGAUGAGUUUGUCCGGCCUACAAAAGUUCUCAUCCUGGGGUCUGGGGGCCUAUCCAUUGGUCAGGCUGGGGAAUUUGACUACUCUGGCUCCCAGGCUAUCAAGGCUCUGAAAGAGGAGAAUAUCCAGACAGUUCUGAUCAACCCCAAUAUUGCCACUGUCCAGACUUCCAAGGGCCUGGCUGAUAAAGUGUACUUCCUGCCUAUCACACCGGAGUAUGUGACUCAGGUUAUAAAGAAUGAGCGUCCGGAUGGUGUGUUAUUGACAUUUGGGGGCCAGACGGCUCUUAACUGUGGCGUGGAGUUGACCAAGCUGGGCGUCCUGGAGAAGUAUAACGUGCGUGUCCUGGGCACACCUGUAGCAUCCAUCGAGAUGACGGAGGACAGAAAGAUCUUUGUGGAAAAAAUGGAGGAGAUCAACGAGCAUGUGGCUCCGAGUGAGGCAGCGUUAUCUGUGGAGCAGGCCGUUGCUGCAGCAGAGCGUCUGGGCUACCCUGUCCUGGUGCGCUCUGCGUUUGCUCUGGGAGGCUUGGGCUCAGGCUUUGCCAACAACCGCGAGGAGCUGGUCUCACUGGUGACCUCAGCAUUUGCCCACACUUCACAAGUCUUGGUGGAUAAGUCCCUGAAGGGCUGGAAAGAGAUCGAAUAUGAGGUGGUCCGGGAUGCUUAUGACAACUGCAUCACUGUGUGUAACAUGGAGAACAUUGACCCCCUGGGAAUCCAUACUGGAGAGUCCAUUGUAGUGGCACCGAGUCAGACACUGAACGACCAUGAGUACAACAUGCUGAGAAACACAGCCAUCAAAGUAAUCCGGCACCUCGGCAUUGUGGGGGAGUGCAACAUCCAGUAUGCGCUCAACCCUGAGUCUGAACAGUACUACAUCAUCGAGGUGAAUGCCCGUCUGUCUCGGAGCUCCGCCCUGGCAAGCAAGGCGACAGGUUAUCCUCUUGCCUAUGUCGCAGCUAAACUUGGCCUUGGGAUCCCUCUGCCCUUUCUCAAGAACUCUGUGACCAACUCUACAACAGCUAACUUUGAACCCAGUCUGGACUACUGUGUGGUGAAAGUGCCUCGCUGGGAUCUCAGCAAGUUCCUCAGGGUCUCCACCAAAAUAGGCAGUUCCAUGAAAAGUGUCGGUGAGGUGAUGGCUAUAGGCCAUAAUUUUGAAGAGGCCCUCCAGAAAGCUCUCAGGAUGGUUGAUGAGAACUGUGUAGGAUUUGACCACACUAUCAAACCUGUGUCUGACCAGGAGUUGCAAACCCCUACAGACAAGCGUAUCUUCGUCUUGGCGGCUGCCCUCAGAGCUGGUUAUACUGUGGACCGCCUGUAUGAGCUGACCAAGAUUGACCGCUGGUUCCUGCACAAGAUGAAGAACAUUGCUGACCAUGAGCACUUGCUGGAGACAUAUAAUCAGGAUGAGAGUGCCAUGCCCCCAGAUGUGAUGUGGAAAGCCAAGCAGCUGGGCUUCUCGGACAAACAGAUAGCUCUGGCUGUACAGAGCACGGAGCUGGCGGUGAGGAAGCUACGUUGUGAUUGGUCAAUCCUACCAGUGGUGAAGCAGAUUGACACAGUGGCAGCUGAAUGGCCUGCUCACACAAACUACCUGUAUCUGACCUACCAUGGCACGGAGAAUGACCUGAGUUUUGUGGAGCAGCAUGUGAUGGUGAUCGGCUCAGGUGUCUAUCGCAUCGGCAGCAGUGUUGAGUUUGACUGGUGUGCUGUUGGGUGCAUUAUGGAACUCAGGAAGAUGGGCUACAAGACGAUCAUGGUCAACUAUAACCCAGAGACAGUGAGCACUGACUAUGACAUGUGUGACCGGCUCUACUUUGAUGAGAUCUCAUUUGAGGUGGUGAUGGACAUCUAUGAGAAGGAGAACCCUGAAGGAGUGAUCUUGUCCAUGGGAGGGCAGCUGCCCAAUAACAUUGCCAUGGCCCUUCAUCGACAGCAGUGCCACAUUUUGGGUACCUCACCUGAAUUCAUCGAUUCAGCAGAAAACCGGUUCAAGUUCUCCCGUAUGCUCGACAACAUUGGAAUCAGCCAGCCACGAUGGAAAGAGCUCUCUGACACCGAGUCUGCUAUGAAGUUCUGUGAGACGGUGGGCUACCCUUGUCUAGUGCGCCCUUCCUAUGUGCUGAGCGGAGCAGCCAUGAAUGUGGCCUACAGCGACAGUGACCUGGAGAAAUACCUCUGCAAUGCUGUGGCCGUGUCCAAAGAACAUCCUGUUGUCAUCUCCAAGUUCAUACAGGAGGCCAAGGAGAUUGAUGUAGAUGCAGUUGCAUGUGACGGAGCGGUGAUCGCCAUUGCUGUGUCCGAGCAUGUGGAGAAUGCUGGGGUGCACUCUGGGGAUGCCACGCUGGUGACACCACCACAGGACCUCAACCAGAAGACCAUAGAGAGGAUCAAAAUGAUUGUACACGCCAUCGGCCGCGAGCUGCAAGUCACAGGACCUUUCAACCUGCAGCUCAUAGCCAAGGACGACCAGCUGAAGGUGAUAGAGUGCAACGUGCGCGUCUCCCGCUCUUUCCCCUUUGUCUCAAAAACACUGGGUGUGGACCUUGUUGCCUUGGCAACACAGGUUAUCAUGGGGGAGGAAGUGGAGCCUGUGGGACUGAUGAAAGGAAAAGGGAUUGUGGGUGUCAAGGUGCCCCAGUUUUCCUUCUCUCGGCUGGCGGGGGCUGAUGUGGUCCUGGGGGUGGAGAUGACCAGUACUGGGGAGGUGGCAUGUUUUGGGGAGAACCGCUAUGAGGCCUAUCUUAAAGCUAUGCUCUCUACAGGCUUCAAGAUACCUAAGAGGAACAUUUUGCUCUCAAUCGGCAGCUACAAGAACAAGAGUGAGCUGCUACCUACAGUGCAGGCAUUGGAGAGUCUGGGCUAUGACCUCUAUGCUAGCUUAGGCACCGCUGACUUCUACACUGAACAUGGAGUCAAGGUGACCGCAGUAGACUGGCCAUUUGAAGAGGACGACAGCGAGUGUGCCACUAAGGAGAAACAGCGUAGCAUUAUGAACUACCUGGAGGAAAACCAUUUUGACCUGGUCAUAAACCUCUCCAUGAGGAACAGCGGUGGCAGAAGAUUGUCAUCCUUUGUCACCAAAGGCUACAGGACCAGACGCAUGGCUAUUGACUACUCCGUACCACUCAUCAUCGACAUUAAAUGCACCAAGUUGUUUGUUCAGGCACUUCGUCAGAUUGGACGGAGCCCACCGGUAAAAACUCACAUUGACAGCAUGACAUCCCAGAAACUGGUUCGUUUGCCAGGUCUGAUUGAUGUCCACGUUCACUUGCGGGAACCCGGUGCUACCCACAAGGAGGACUUUGCCUCUGGAACGGCAGCAGCCUUGGCAGGAGGGGUGACCAUGGUGUGUGCCAUGCCCAACACCGCUCCUGCCAUCGUAGACCCCAACUGUCUCUCUAUGGUCCAGAAGCUGGCGAAGGUGGGCUGUCGCUGCGACUAUGCCCUGUAUGUAGGUGCUGCUUCAGACAACGCAGCCAUCCUGCCCUCGAUAGCCAGCCAGGUGGCAGGCCUGAAGAUGUACCUCAAUGACACCUACUCCACCCUCAAGAUGGACAAUGUCUCCCUGUGGAUGGAGCACUUUGAGAAGUGGCCCAAACAUAUGCCUAUCGUAGCCCAUGCGGAGAAGCAGACGGUGGCUGCUGUUCUGAUGGUAGCCCAGCUCUACCAGCGUUCUGUCCAUAUCUGCCAUGUGGCUAAAAAAGAAGAGAUUCUCGUCAUCCGUGCUGCCAAGCAGAAAGGCAUCCAGGUGACAUGUGAAGUAGCACCCCACCACCUCUUCCUGUGUGAGGACAAUGUCACGGCCAUUGGGGAUGGGUGGGCACAGGUUCGACCUAUGCUCGGGACGAGGGAAGACAUGGAAGGCCUCUGGGAGAACCUGGACAUCAUUGACUGCUUUGCUACAGACCAUGCGCCCCACGCUGUAGAGGAGAAGCGCAGUGAGAAGCCCCCUCCGGGCUACCCAGGCCUAGAGACCAUGUUGCCACUGCUGCUGACAGCCGUCAGCGAUGGUCGACUCACCUUGGAGGACAUCAUCAGGCGCCUCUAUGACAAUCCACGCAGGAUCUUCAGUCUGCCUGCUCAGGACAAUACUUAUGUGGAGGUGGACCUGGAGCAGGAAUGGGUUAUUCCACAGGCCAUGCAGUUCACCAAGUCCAAGUGGACACCCUUCCAGGGCAUGAGGGUGAAGGGCAAGGUGCGGCGGGUGGUUCUUCGAGGAGAAGUGGCCUACAUUGAUGGCCAGGUUUUAGUGCCUCCAGGUUAUGGAGAGGAUGUGAAGACAUGGCCGGCUGCCAUCUCUGUGCCCACCUCUGAACCUGUUAAAGACAUCACUCUGACUCCAGAGCGGCUCCGUCCAUCCCCUCCUCGUGAGGGGGUUGUUCGUACCCGUGCCGCCAGCCCACGCCGCCUGGUAGGGGAAGGCCGCUUCAUUCUGCCACCCCGCGUGCACCGCUCUUCUGACCCUGGCUUGCCCCCAGCAGAGGAGACCAAGGAGAGAGCCUGGAGGGGAGCAAUCGAUGAAGAGUUUGUUGUCCCUGCGUGCGGUGGAGAUGGCUACAGCCACCCUCCUCCCCUGUCCAGGCUUCUGUCCCCCCAGGCCCUUCCAGGCCAGUCUUCUGCUGUCUCCCAUUUCCAGACCUCCCCGUUACUGCACCCACUGGUGGGCCAGCACAUACACUCUGUCAGGCAGUUCAGCAAGGAGCAGAUCUCCCACCUGUUCAACGUUGCCCACACUCUGCGACUGAUGGCGCAGAAGGAGCGCAGCCUGGACAUACUGAAGGGCAAGGUUAUGGCGUCCAUGUUCUACGAGGUCAGUACGCGUACCAGCAGCUCGUUCGCAGCAGCCAUGCAGCGCCUGGGGGGUUCUGUGAUCCACUUCAGCGAAGCCACGUCCUCCACGCAGAAGGGGGAGUCUCUGGCGGACUCGGUGCAGACCAUGAGCUGCUACGCUGACGUCAUCGUGCUCCGACACCCCAAGCCUGGCGCCGUGGAGAUGGCAUCACGUCACUGCAGAAAGCCUGUGAUCAAUGCAGGAGACGGCGUUGGCGAGCACCCGACCCAGGCACUGCUGGACGUCUUCACCAUCAGAGAGGAGCUGGGAACUGUGAAUGGCAUGACGAUAACCAUGGUUGGGGACCUGAAGCACGGCCGUACAGUCCACUCCCUGGCCAAGCUGCUGACACAGUACCGCAUCACGCUGCGCUACGUGGCCCCCAAGAACCUCCACAUGCCCGCUGACAUCGUCAACUAUGUGGCCUCCAAGGGCAUCAAGCAGGAGGAGUUUGAGAGCAUCGAGGAGGCCCUGCCAGAGACUGACAUCCUCUACAUGACCAGGAUCCAGAAGGAGAGGUUUGCUUCUGAGGAGGAGUACAAGGCUUGUUUUGGCCAGUUUGUUCUCACCCCUCACAUCAUGACCGUAGCCAAAAGGAAGAUGGUUGUCAUGCACCCACUUCCCAGGGUGAACGAAAUCAGUGUGGAGGUGGACACAGACCCACGGGCGGCGUACUUCCGGCAGGCUGAGAAUGGCAUGUACAUCCGCAUGGCUCUGCUGGCCACCGUGCUGGGCAGGUAGAGCCAGGCAGCACCGGCUGGAUGGGGGAUGACACCUUGCUCGUUACACAACUUGUUGAAAAGAAAAUCCAAACAGUAAUUUACUUCCUCACCAUUCCACUUGAAGGUUACGGUUUCCACUGUCAGGAAGUGUGUUUGGACGUGGCUCCUUGUUUCUACAUCUGAGCAUGUGCAGCAGAAACCUGGGCAUUGUGGGAUAUGUUGUUUUUCAGUAAGGGGGUAACCAGGACCAUGUCCUCAUUCUGUCAUUUACUCCAAGAAGUUUGUGAAAGGCAUAAAGGGACCAAUUAUGAUGUUUAAAGGGAGAAAUAACCAGCAGCUGUUUGUCACCUACCAUACUCUUUCCUCCUCACACGUAGUCGUGCAGAAAGUUGUAUAAUUACAUCUCACUGCAAGUGGUCACUCUGUAAAACCCCUGAAUGAAGCUGAUCACGAGACUCUGCAUUAAAGACUGGGUUUUGAUGACGUUUUCUUGAAAUAAUGUUCAAGGUUGUGAAUUGUCCGCUACAGUGAAAGACAUACAAGAUGGGUGGAUGAUGUGAAAGUGGUUUGCAGAAUUGCUCCAGUCGCUGUUGUUUCUGGCAGAUUGUUGAAACGUGUCCUUUGACCUGUUCUCUGGAACCUAGUGAUGUUUUAGUAGAGACACGUGUUCUGUACGUGAACGUGACCAACAUCUGUAACGUGUACCUUCGCAGAACAGUAGUGACUCUUUUUAAUUGCUGUUGCAUCUUCAGUAGUGUUUACUAGUUUUAUUCCUUUGCCGAAUUGUAGCUUCUUCAAACAUUUAUGAAGUAAACG